AUGGGUGCGACUGCCUUCACUGGGGAGCAGUUGCAGCAUGUGCUUCACUGCUGCGAAAACUUGUGGCAAGCUAGUGUUCGUCUGGUCAUUGCCGACGGAACAAAGCUCUUGACAAAGAGCGUGUGGGAAGAGGCUCGAAAGGCUGGCUUCAGCGUCAGCAUCCUGGAGGUGCAUUGCUCGCCAAACAUCGCAGCAAAGCGGAAGCGGACCCAGGAUGCAGACACGCCCGAUGAUCGCCUUGGCCAGGGGCAAAACUCUUGGGCAAGCCGCCAGGCCACUUGGCAGGACAUGAUCGACAAGUUGCCCCAAGCUUCUGUGCUUGGCAGACUUCGAUCGCUUGCCCGUGGCGCUCUGGGCAGGCAACUCCCGGGUGGUCCUCUCGGCAAGCCAUCAGAGAAACUUCCAAAGCGCCAACGACAACGCAGCGCUGAGGAGCUAUGGCGCAUGUUCAUUCUGCGCAAGUUAUAUUAUUUUCUAGCCCGAUUUGCAGGUUCAUUCAUGGAGUUCGUUGUAAUUCACACCUUGUUAUUCUAG